AAAAGCCCGACCAGCUGAUUCAGAGUGUGCUCAAUAUAUGGAUUUAUUCGAACAUGUGCUAUUUGGAGAUUAUACAUAUACAUUAAUAGGACCUGCAUGCAUAUAUUUCGCACACAUUUUUCAAGGUAUAUGAUGGCCUAAAUGGGAAAGCUCAGACAUCAUAAUACAUGUAUUUUAACUAUAUUUACCAUACGUUGUAUAGGAGCAUCGAAAGUGUACGGAUAAACAAAUAGUGCAAUAUCGAAGGAAAAGUAGUCGGGUCGUAGGAAUGUCGUAAAUAAUUCAUAUUGGACCCUAUAUUAAAAUUUUGUGUUAUUGCUAGGGUCUUGUUGGUGGAGACUAAGUUAUAACUAGAGAUUCCGAUGAUGAUUUCAGCCAGAUCCCGGCUCCGCUAGUUGCACUUGAUGCCGAGGCAUACAAAGUACACAAAGUUAUUCAAUCAUCGAUAUAUACCGCAUGCACUGCCGAUAUCGGCAUUUGGCUACCUGGAGCUGAACAAGCAAACUCGUGUCAGCAAUGGCAGCUACCUGAGCUAAUACUCCAAGCAUCGUGGCAUCUAGCUAAUGCUAGCGAUCAAUGAUUACGCUACGGUGCUGCGUGGAGGUUGCAAUCUACAGCAGACGAGAUACGGCGCGCAUGCGCCUCAAUCAAAAUCACUUCUGAGCAGACGGGAUUACUAUGUGCUCCAGAUCUUCUUCAGAAACUUGUUGAAAUAGUGGAUUAGUAGAAAUGAUUUCUUAAAGUACGGAUACACAAAUUCCUUGGAAGGAUUCCUUGAUACAUCUGGAUUAAGUAUGGCGUACAGACUUUUACCUCUCACUUGGAACCGUGGGAUGGGACGGGAGGAGCCCGCCGGCAGCAACAGCAUGACUCCCCCAAUAGGCAUUCCAAUACGCUACAGAAGGGACAGACUCGGCAUGAUUAUACACCAGCACCCCUUCCACGACCCUGAACUUGACAACCUCUACCAGAGAUAUGUCUACAAACUUCAACAGCAAAGUGUCACGAAGGCGUUGCUUCUCUUCAUAGUCCUGACCGCCGCCCUGGCUGUCAUGGAGUUCGCCUUCGCCCUCCACCCAACUGGCGAGACUAUCUACAAUUUCCUCCAUUGUUGCGUUUUCGUAUUUCUAGUCGUGUACUCCAACAGCAAAUUCAUGCAGGAGACGCAUCUGCCGCUUGUCUCAAUCACCUUCCUCUUCUUUUCGAUUCUGUUCUCAAUAGUCAACUUACCAGUUCAUCUUUUCGGCAAACAGACGACAAUGGUAUAUUCAGCGGCGGACGGAGUUUGGCAGAUGUUGUUCGUGAUUCUCUCUAUUUAUUGUAUGAUCCCUGUCCGACUGAUAAUCGCAGGGUGCAUUGGAAUAUCGUUACCGUGCAUACACCUGAUUGCUGUUUUCGUCACCAGUGACCCAAGGAUUUAUUGGCCUUUGUAUCUAGCCAACAUAGUUAUCUUCAUAUGCGCCAACAUCGUGGGUAUUUUCAUCCAUCGGGUCAUGGACCACGCUCAGAACAAAGCAUUUAUGGACACCAGGAACUGUAUAGCACAGAGGCUCGAAAUGGAGGAUGAAAAUGAAAAAUUGGAACGCCUGUUGCUGAGCGUGCUGCCCGAGCACGUUGCCAUGGAGAUGAAGCAUGACAUCAAGAUGCCACACGAGGGAUUGUUUCACAAAAUUUACAUUCAGAGACACGAUAAUGUCAGCAUAUUAUUCGCGGACAUAGUCGGUUUCACGGUGCUUGCUUCUCAGUGCACUGCGCAGGAACUAGUCAAGAUCCUCAACGAAGUAUUUGGUAGAUUCGACCAGUUAGCAGAGGAAAAUCAUUGUCUUCGCAUCAAGAUCCUUGGUGACUGUUAUUACUGUGUAAGUGGUCUCCCGGACGCCAGGCCCGACCACGCUAGAUGUUGUGUUGAGAUGGGACUCGAUAUGAUUGAUGCUAUCGCUUCGGUUGUUGAAGCGACGGACGUCAAGCUGAACAUGAGAGUUGGCGUACACACUGGUCUCGUUCUGUGCGGGGUGCUUGGUCUAAAACGAUGGUGCUUUGACGUCUGGAGUAAUGACGUCACAUUAGCCAAUCAGAUGGAGGCUGGCGGAAUUCCUGGGAGGAUUCAUGUCACCAAAGCCACCCUGGACUGCCUUGGCGGGGAGUAUAAGACGGAGCCAGGCAAAGGUGGUGAGAGAAAUGCAUAUCUGUCUGAACACAACAUUGAGACGUUUCUGAUCAAAACCACCCGCAUCAAAAAGCAGCCUAGCAUGUAUUAUGGUAGCCGAUCCAGGACAAAAAAGCUCUCCUUCAAGAAUGUCUCCAGCUGUGUCAUGAGACUGAUCCGAGCUGUCAAGUUCAAUGCAGAAAUACCCUUCUCAAAUGUGCUAUCAUCCGAAAUAGAGAAAACUUCGAAAUUGAGCAAACCUCUAGACAAACUCAGGAAACCCUUUCGAAAAAGCCAUUGGGAGCUAGGACAUUCGGAUGCUUUCCAGCCAAUAGACCGUGUCAAUAAGUUCCUUGGCUCCGCCAUCUCCGCCCGAAGCGUUCAGCGAGAGAAGACAACGCAGGUCAAUUACGUGACGUUACGGUUUAGAUCUGGCCAACAGGAGAAUAGGUACAACCGAGUUGGUGACUUUGCUUUCGGGAGCAGCAUGGCCUGCUCACUCCUGGUGCUUCUCUGUAUCACUGCGAUGCAAGUUCAAGUUCUGCCAAGUUCGAAAGGUUUUACAAUGUUUGGUGAUUAUUCUCUGAGGACAAUCCUACUGCUGAUUAUGAUCAUGGUCACCUUCACGUGGAUUACAGUUAUUCUUAUUUUUAUACUCGCUGCCAAAUUAAAGUGUCUCGAUUAUGAUAUACGGCGGAAAGCCCCUGUACGCCUCACUCUGAUCAUCCUCACUAUCAUAUUCAUAUACACUGUUAGUCAAGUUAACGUGCUUUGCUGUGAUGGAGGCAUCGUGUUCCCAAAAGACAACGGGUCAGGAGCAGGGGCCUCAGUAGUCCACCAAACCUUUAUGGCAGGCAACAACCUGACCUGCCGCUACCCGCAAUACAUCUACCUGAGUGGUGUCCUGGGCUACAUUACUGUUGCGGUGUUCCUGAGGCUAUCUGCUAUUGUUAAACUGCUGAUCAUGAUCAUUAUUGGUGCGGCUUAUAUAGUGGUGAUGGAAGUCACUCAUCCGGCUGUCUUCUGGACUUACGACAAGGACAUGGGCCUGUUGGUUCCAUCUCACGCCAUGGGUAUCCUGGCCCUCAUACAGUUCCUCAUCAUGCUCUUCGUACACAGCAGGCAACAGGAGUGGACGUACAGACUGGACUAUCUUUGGAAACAACAGGCCGCAGACGAAAAGUUGGAGAUGAUGGAAUUACAAAACAACAAUCGCCACAUUCUCUGUAACCUCCUACCUGCCCACGUGGCCGCCCACUUUAUCGGCGCUAACAACAGGAGUAAUAUGGAGUUGUACAGCCAGGCCUACUCCAGAGUAGGUGUAUUUUUCGGGUCUAUUCCCAACUUCUCCGAGUUCUACAUGGAGUUGGACGCUAACAACCAGGGGGUGGAAUGCCUGCGGGUUCUUAACGAGAUCAUUGCUGACUUUGAUGAGUUGCUAAACGAGGAGAGGUUCCAAGCUGUGGACAAGAUCAAGACAAUCGGUAGCACAUUCAUGGCAGCAGUAGGUCUGACACCUGACAGAGUCAUACAAGACACUGACGAGUCAGUCCUUCAGUCCAUGACGGUGCUAGUGGAGUUCAUCCUGGCCAUGAAGGACAGACUCAGCGUCAUCAAUGAGAAUUCGUAUAAUAACUUUAUGCUUAGAAUCGGUGUAAAUGUUGGCCCAGUGGUAGCUGGGGUGAUAGGCGCACGAAAGCCUCAGUACGAUAUCUGGGGCAACACCGUGAACGUAGCCAGUCGGAUGGAUAGUACAGGGAAGUUAGAUUAUGUACAGACAACAGAAGAAGUAUUCAAAAUCCUCAAGGACCGCUACGACUUCCAAUGCCGAGGUACCAUCAAUGUGAAGGGUAAAGGCUUCAUGACCACCUACUUUUUACUGCGACGAAAACCAAGCACAAGCUUCUCAGACUUCUCUCUCCCGGGCGGGGGCAGUUUCACCCGUAGCCCGAUCAGCCAUACGAGUAUACGAUCGUCUCUCUCGGCGAACUACUCUCUGAGAUCACCGCAGAGGUCACCGGAGAAGGUCUCAAUGGAGAGCCUGCAGCGGACUGGGUCAGACGUUCUCCUGGCGUCAACAGGGAAACGCCCCAGUUGCGACUCCGUCAAGAAUAUUUGCCAGACUCCACCUGGCAGCAUCAGUGGAUGGGGAAGGCGCAAUAACGGUGAAUGUACCACACCACGGGAUACGAUGCGCAGCGCAAAGCGAAACAAGGGCAGCAAUUCGUCUCUGGCGAGUUUCUUGAAUAAUGAGGCGCAGUGUAGCACGCUUUCGUCGAAGGUCGGAAACUCACCCGAACUUCCCAUGGUCCACUUCAAAAAUAUCAACUUCUACCCAACGCAGACUGGCACUCAGUCAACAUCUUUUGCGGAUUCGUCGCAAGCGGAAUACAUGCAGGCGAACAAUCUGAUGCAGGGUGAUCGGCCUCAGCAGUUGCCGGUUGGGAUAUUCGGGAAUCGGACGGAGUUGCUGAACAAUCAAAUUAAAGGAUUUAAGUUCAUAGGUUCGAAGACUUCUGGUUCACCCACGAGGCCGUUGCCGCCUCUGCCACAGGGUCAUAUUCGCAACCAAACCAACCAGAUGAGCCCUGUACAUCUUGCGAGGGCGCCACUAUGCAGGCAGAUGAGUGAAGGUGGGGUCCAGCCACAGCGACCGCAAGUCGUCAAACAACACAGCUUGGACAGUGCCUCUUUUCUGAAGAAUAAAAAUCUGAAGCCGCAUUAUCUAGAAGUCGCCAAUGAAGAAGCUCCGAAUUAUAACAAGCCGCGAUCACCAGUACAGACCAAGAUCAAAUCGCCGGAACACAAGUACAGGGAAUCAGCACUGCGAAAACCAGUAUUCCCGGAGGUCAUGCCAACCUCCCCUGAACACAAAUACAGAGCGCCUGAAUGCACGAAGCCAUUAUUCACCGACUGCCAUAUAACAGAAAACCGAAAAAUGAGUGCGCCUGAUUUCGACAAAUUGAGAAGGCCACCCGCACCUCUUCAUAUUGAAGAAAGGGCACAGACUCUCCAACACGUUGGUCGUGUCACUUCGCCAAAGUACGCCCUGGGUUUUAUAAAUCCGCUGUCGCCUACGCAAAUGAGUCAGUCAUCUCAUGGAAGCUUUGACGAAAGCUUCCGAUCAAAUUCACCUCAGAGUCCGAACCCCAAGAGUCCGCUAAACGGAUCACCAGUGAAAACGCCUAAACUUUUAACUCCUGAUCUCGGACUGAUAAAGGAGUUAUCUUCACCCGAAUCAGAUUACCAUCAUGCUAGCUCUUCUAAGUCAGAAAGCAGUGCGCCAGUAUUGGCUGUAAUUGACGGAUUACAAAUGUGUAUACCGGAACGAAGUCCGCCACCUGAGGUGCAUGCAAAACCAGACUCUGACCCAAACAGAGCGAGCAUUAUGACUAUCGAUACUGACGUCACCUACGAUACUGAUGUCGGAGACACUGAUUUUGGUGAAACUGAUGUUGGAGAUACGGAUGCUGAGUCUAAUAUGAAUAGAACUGACUAUGAAAAUGAUAGCACUAGCAAUUGUGGGUUGUCUGAUCUGGAGGAUGGAUUGCAGGAGUGGCACUACCCUGAUGGUGAAUCGUCAGCGGUAGGGGAUACCGAUGAUGAUGCGCUGCGGGAUGAUGACUUUGAUCAAGCUUUGAUCUCAUUACAGCCGGUGUCUUACGACAUUGGUAUAGGGCCCAUUACAAUGCGUGAUUUGAAAAUUCAUAAUAUGCAAAAUGGUUGCGAAGCGGCGGCGAGACCAAAAUCAAGGACCCAAAAUAGCCCCGGGCAGUCAAGUCCGAGGAAAAAAGACAGUUUUAAAAUCCCCGAGCACACUCGCAAGCAGGAGAUGUCUUUUGUAGAAACGCUGCAUCAGCUAACUGAAUCAGGUCCGACCAGUUUAGCUGGUGCCGGGAAACCGCCAAGUGUUGGCUCUGGCAAGAGGAAGUCCGAUAGCCCUGAGCAUAAUGGGACCAGUCAAAGCGAGGAGAACGGAGAUGUGUUCGACUCGCGAGAGUCUAGCUGCGAACCGGAACAGGCUUGUGCCUUGAACUCUCUGCCACCUCCGUGCAAUAAGUCCUCAACUGAGAGUACACAGUCUGAUACUCAACCUACCACAUUGAACUCUGGUUCGGGAAAAGCACAGGGUGGUAAAGUGCGACCUCAUCAACCACCUUUCCAAGUCAAACGUCGCCAGAAAUUUGGUCUACCUCCACGCCACUGCCGAAGCCUAGACUACAUCCCAAGCGAUGCGGACGACGGGCAGAGCUCCGUUGCGUCCUCCGCGAACCCGAGCCCCAAACUGCCGCGCUGCUCGCUAAACAUCCCGCCCCAACUCCGGCAAUAUCUCCUCCAGCCAGACAAUAUCAGUCUAUCAUCCUUCGGCAGCUGCAGCGAACUCUCCCGGAGCGAUCCGAACCUCAACUACGAUUCUAGCUCUGCAGCCUACGAGUCGGAAUACGACAAUUACCGACCAGGAAUCACGAGUGAUGACGAAUUCUUUAACAACGAUCGUGGAAGUGACGUAGAUCUAAAUGAUUAUUUUGAUGACGUAGAUCUUGAAAGUGUUGGUGUAAGCGACAGUUUUAGCUUUGAUUACGCGGUACCCGCGUCAGUGAAACAAGCCCAAAAUUGCCAAAAGUCAACGGACGUGUGAUGUAGAUCCCUUGGUGGUAGUCAGAUUAUCAUGGCAUUUGCAGUUUUUCGUGUGUCGUAAUACUCAAAAUAAACUUUCAUUGUUGAUUUUUGAUCAUAUCCGCUAUGAUUGGUAAAUAAUCAUCGUCAGUGCCGAUCGAGCCCGGUAAUAAAAAAUCAGACUUGCUUAUUCAUGUUGAAAGCCAAUGAUCGAUACAUAAUAUGAAUAUAGGUCGUUGCCUUUAUAAAAUUGACUUGGGUAACGCCAAAAAGGUGCCGUAGUUUCUUAUAUCGCAGUACAGUGGGGGUUUACGGCAGAGUGCAAUACAAUGGUGUAUGCAAAUAUCUGAAGCAAAAUUGUGACGUGCAAGUGGACCAUUUUUCGUCACAAUUACUAUCCACAGCAUCAAUCAGUAUACGUAAACGGCUCUUGUAGAUACACAACAUUUCUUGUAAUUUUUGUCGACGGUAUAUCUGACUGCAUUCAUUGGCUAAUCAAAGAGUUGUGACAUAUUUUUACCAAGUUUUGUGUAUUUUAUACUUACAUGUAUGUGUUGGUAGUGGUGUUAUCAGUUCAAACAACAAAACAAUCGUGACAUUACUGUGUCAAAUAAGGAUAUUAUUUCUAUUCCCUAUCCCAUCAUUUGCCGUGGAAGUGUUAUGCGUUCUUACAGUGAGGGAGUGAGUGUUCAUUUGGCAUGGGAACUGCCCAUAAGAUUUGUCGGGAAAUCGAUACAGAAGCCGUUUCAUCCAAAGUAACCUUGGCUGCCGGGACACUGCACUCCUAAAAAUCUACCAAGUAGUACGUGGCUCAUCGUUAUUAUUUAUACGGUCGUGGUUUUUGGGGCAUGGUAUGGCAUAGGCAAAAACACGAAACCGUAUGGCGACAAUGUGACUGGAUCAGGAGGGAGGGGAUUUGUAAUGUUGUCUUGCCAACGAGUUUUGUCAACGAGUUUUUGAAUCUCUGAAUAGUAUUGUGCUUGUUUUAUCCCUUGCGAUCCUGGCUGCGGACAUUUUUAGUCACAGCUACUUUUGCUGAAGAGAGCACACAAACGGCUCGUUAGCUUGGAUUACAUAAUCAAUAUUCUGGUCUUCUUGAACAAAAACACUGUAUAAUAAGCAGAUGCACUACAGUUAUGACCAGCAUAUCAAUUCGAACCCUGUUAGUGGCAUUGGUGACGAGCUCUUGUUCAUUAAGAUGUCUGUCUGGCGGUGGGUACGUUUUUAUGCUCGCCACUGGGGAUGCGCUUUUCCACUUCCACUGCAUGAAACGGUUGUGGUAUGUGUUCUUUUUAAAACUUUAUGUACUUUGCACUCAACGGUCAUGAGUCUGGCAGAAAGUUGUUGUUUUCUUUGGCAGACAUUCUUCUUCUUCUCCUUUUUAGUAGCGAGGUAGAUGCUUUUGUGAAUACGUUGAGUGCUGUUUAUAGUGAUGCGGGGUAUAGACUCGCUUUUUCGUGAAAAGUUUAUUAAUCGGCACCAUAAAGUUUUAUUUCAUAGUAUUUGGCAUUGGAUAUCUCUGAGUCUGUCACCGGCUUAUGCAUGAUGUCAACAUGACAAAGUGCUGAGAUGGUAUGUGGCCGGUUGAGAACCAUCUACUAACAGUAUCGUUCAGGGUUUGUGACUAACCAGGUGUAGACCUAUGUACUUUGUCUGUUAGUCAUUUAUCAUAGGUUAUUAUGAAUAGGAGGAUUGUUUGCACAUAUGUAUAAAGAUAAUAAACGAAUACUCUUAUUUGUAAAAUA